AUAUAGCUGUAAUGGUAGGUUUGACAUCCACAUCCUUUUAUGACCGUCAACAUUUAGACAAUCAUUGCUGUAGAACCAAGCUCUGUUCCCUCUUGACCUCAUCACACUCCGCUCCCUCACACUGUAAACAAAUUGAGAGUGACCAUAUACGCCGUGAUCAGCAGAUAACUUGUUCUUCUACUCGUCCGUUAUCCACCAACCAAAGUAGAAUAACUGUAAAUGUCGGCGCCUCAACAUAUCUGUUCCUCUUACCAUACUUUUGACACUUGUAAAAGUUGCUUUUCUUGUUGGGGCCACUGGAGUUGUGCAAGUGACCUCACAUGGCAGUGGUGCAAAACUGCUGACAUCGAUUUCCUGACAGGAUAGAGUCACAUGGGGAGGUGCAGCUACGAUACACUUGUGAGGGAAUCACAGAGGAAAGGAGAACAGCGGAGGUAGGGACGUCUCAUUUGACAUAUUUCACAGAAGACCUGUAGCUUUAAUUUAACCAUUAAAGUAUUUAGUAAUUAGUAUUUGUACCUUACAAAAAUCCAACUUCCUUAAAUAUCUGCAAUGGCUUUUAAAGCAUUUACACACACACACGUCUACGAAAAGCAAUCCGGCUCAAAAGAAAAGGACAAAUCCGGCAUCCAGUGCAUUGAGCGCCAUGACCGGAAUGUGUAUAUCGGGACCCAAGAUGCAACCGUCCUGCAUCUCGUCCUCCCCGCUGGCCCAGAUGGAGACCCGAGUCCCGGCCAGAGCAAGAUCAGAGAGUGUCGGCUGAGAAAACUCGGCUCAAGCGACCAAGUCGCCCAACUGAGGGUCGUCCCACUUUUCAACCAUCUGCUGGUCCUGUGGGACCGGAGCGUUACUGCCCUCAACAUGUUCUCCUUGGAGCCGGUUGCCGCGCUCAAGAAGAUCCAGCAUGUGCAUUUGUUUGAGGUGUGCGACUCAUCGGCAGCGCGUGUGGAGAUGGUGACUUCCUCCAGCCGCAGGAAGCUGAUCCGGAUCCACGUGGUGGGAGUGGACAGCUGGGACGUUGUGAAGGAAGUCUCUCUGCUGCAGGAGCCUGUGGCCCUGGCGGUGGACGGGGCCUGUGUGUGCAUCGGUACCAGCGACAGGUAUCUCCUCUGUGAUAUCCGGACUGGGAGCCGUGACGAUCUUUUUCUGCACAAUCACGGCAGACAGCGCGUUAUCGUAACCUCGAUGGGACGAGGGGAGUUUCUGCUGAACGGGCCUGAAUCGUUGGGCAUGUUUGUGAUGAAGACGGGGAUAUGCCAGCGCCCUCCUCUGCAGUGGCCUCAGGAGGUGCUGGCAGCCGGAGUCUGCUUCCCUUACAUCCUAACCCUGCAGCCCCGAGUGCUGUCGGUUUACAGCCUGCUGGAUCAGCAAUGCAAACAGACUGUGAAUCUCAGGGGAGCGAAGGGUCUGCUCUGCACAUCAGACGGCGUGCUAGUGUUCACAGAGAGAGACGUGUUCAGCCUUCGCCCGGUGCCGCUCAGAGAGCAGACCCAGGCGCUUGUCGGGCUGGAGCGGUUUGAGGAGGCCUUGUUGCUGCUGGAUGGAGUUCGAGGCCGUCGUCCCCUUGACUCAUACGAGGAGCUGCAGAAGGCCGUCUCUUGUCUGGCUGGAUUUGUUCAUUUUUACCAGGAGGCUUUUUCCGAUGCCAGCGUCCUAUUCAUUACAGGUGAGCUGGACCCCAGAGAACUCAUCUGCCUCUACCCUGGCAUCCAGGCGUGUCUCGGCGAGGACUUUCAAUCCCAGCUUGAGCCGCUGAACAAGAGCAGGGAUCUGCAGGUGCUCUGCCAAGAGGACAGGCACACAUUCCAUCAUUACCUCGCCUUCCUGGGAGAGUUUCUCAGAGCAGUCAGGGGGACGGAGCGAGGCCUGCAGUGCAGUAAGGAGGUGGACUGCGCCCUCCUGAGGCUGUACGUAGAACUGGAAGACACGGAAAACCUGCAGCAGCUCGUGACGUGCACCAAUGUGUGCAGCCUGGACCACUGUCUCCCUGUGUUGGAGCAACACAGCAGAUAUUUUGCAUUAGGUUCCCUCUACCAAAGCCAUGGAAAUCACAUUGAUGCAAUUAAGACCUGGGUGAACAUUGCAGACGGCCUCCACCAAGAUCGGUCCUGCUCAGAUGUGUAUGGACACAUCGUGUGGACUCUCAGUCGACUGCAGGACAGAGAUGCUGUGUGGACAUUUGCAGACUGGACCCUUCAGAGGAACCAGGAGAUAGGGGUGCAGAUUUUCAACAAACGUGCACCAGACGAUCGAUUGGAGACGCAGGACGUCCUCGCCCUCGUGGAGCGGUACCCGUCGGCGUUGCUUCUGUACCUUGAGUUCUUAAUCCAUGAUUUGAACAGUGAGGAGGAGGGGCAUCACAACCGUCUGGCCCUGGCAUAUGUUACCCAGUCACUGCGAGAGGAAGAGGAAUCCGGUUUGAGGAAGACCAGAGGGAAGUUGCAGCAGCUGCUAUGGGACUCCAAAUUCUACGAUGUCUCCACUGUAUAUGAGAGAGUCGAGUCAGCGGCCUUUCUCCGAGAGAAAGGCAUUCUCCUCGGGAGGACCGGUGGACACGGGGAGGCGCUGCAGCUGCUGGUUCACCAGGAGGGAGACCUCCGGGCUGCAGAGGCCUACUGCAGCCGGGCCGGCCGGGACGCACAGGCCCGGCAGACCCUGCUGCUCACCCUGCUCCAAAUCUACCUCGGCUCCGAGGAUCACGGCGGCGCCGCCGUGGAUCUGCUCAACAGGAACCCGCGGGUCCUCGCAGCAGAGCGGGUCGUCCAGCUGCUGCCUGAUUCCUGGUCUGUUCAACUGGUCUCCCAGUUCUUAGUGGGAUCCCUUCGAGAAACAUUCCACCGGAGGCGGAUGGCGAUGCUGCAGAAAGCGAUCGGCCAGGUCGAGCUUCUGCGGCACAAGGUCAUUUGGAUGCAGGCCUCAAAAACAAAGUUCAAACUGGAUAAGGGGCAGCAGUGUCAUGUUUGUCAGAGAGACCUGGCAGAGCCACCGUUUGCCUGUGACCUCUCUGGUGACCUGAUGCACACGAGCUGUCCUGGUCCCCCCCCUCGUGAAGACACCGACCCAUAAAGCAAACUACCGUAUGUUUAUGCAAAUAUGUGUGUCUGCACUUUUGAGGAUCACAUUCAUUUCGAGCCGAGUAAGUAUUUGCUUCCGACUCGAUCAUUCUUCUAAUGGACACCGUUUCAUCGAGACAAACUCUGUACACAAUUCACGGACCUCAGACGACUUACCCGAAUACAAAAAAAUACAAAAUACAUUCUGUAAAUAACGUUUCAAGAUGCAAAAGAGCAAGCAGAGCACUUAUUCAGGGCGGCAUGUCUGAGCAAUUUCCGAGAGACAGCAAUAACUAUAAAGUGGAGGACGCUCAGGGGCAGAUAUCCACUGAUCAGACAGUGGUGUUUAACAUGUGGUGAAUCUGGAGACCAAAAGGAAUUUCCCCAUCCUGCAUAUAUGCAUCAUGGUUUCCACUGACUGUUUGUGUAUUUGUCUGCUUGAAGCUGGAAAUAGAAAGUCAACAACUGAGAGGUUACACGUGAGCUACUUUUUUUUCCCGGCUUGUGCAUUAAUAUACAUUCACGACCCCCCCAAAAAACUCAAUUACAGGUUUAUAAAUGAAAAGCAAACAGGUUGAGGAAGACAUGUCUGUGCAGUGUAUGGAAAAUGAAAUCAGAAUACAUUUUUACCAACAUCAGCCCUUAUUCAGGCAACAUAACAAACAUGUAGGCUAUUCUGAAUACUAGCACACAACCGCCAGUGUGUCCACAUGUAAAGUAUGUAAAUCCUUACGAGGCUAUAAUCUUAAAUGUAUAGCAUUAACCUCUGAAGCUCUAUCCCUAAAUAUAACAGCAAAUACAGUAGCAAGCAAAAAUGAAUCAAACCCAUAUGGACAUGUACGUUCUCCUUUGAAAGGUAAUAUUGUAUUUAAUAUGACUCCAAUGUAAGUCAAACUAUCUAUAUUACCACUCAGGAGUAAAUGGAGAUGCAAUAAAGGAAAGUAUACCAUUUGUAUCCUCACCUAUAUAUAAUCUUGAUUUUAAGACAAUAGCCCCAUUAUAGUCAAGAUCCCGUGGAUAAUGAUGCUAUUUCAUGUAAUAUCCUAUUUGUUAUGAAAAUACUCUGAAAUACAAAAUGUAUGAUAAAAUUCACAAAGGUGGUCUGCUGGCUAUGGUUUUUUUUUUAAUCUCCUAAAAACAUAAUGAACACAAUGAAUAAUUAUAUUAAUAAUAUUAAUAAUAAUAAUAAUAAUAUUCAUCUAUGACUGGCUAGAUAAAUCAAUAAUACCAGGGGCUUCGAUGCUCUAAUAUGAAUCUGAGGUUCACUGUGACUUCCCAUCAGACCCAGCUUGACUGUAGAACUGUAAAUUAAUCAAAUCUGCUGGUUUUGAUGUAAACUCAGUGAAAGAACAUCAGUUUGUGUCAACGUGACUGUAAAAUGUGAUGUUUGACUUCUUUUUUCCAAGUUAAUUUUGGACAAUGUGUGUUACAAGUUGUGUUUAUUUAGAAAGAGCAGCAUUUCUAGUUUCUAGCAACACCAAACACGUCGUGUAGACUGACAAUGUGUGCAACUUGUUAAAGUACUUAGCGAUAAGACAGUUAAUAAAAUACACUAAAGUGAAAGUUUUAGACCCCAUGUUUUCAACACAGCAUAGCAUGCAUAUUGAGCAUCUUCUCCCACCGGAUCCUUUUGUACCUGCAGCACUGAGGUGAACCCAGCACCGGCUCAGGGGACAUUACAGAUGUAUUUGUCUAUUUGUUUUAGUAAUUCAGUCAUUAAGGCCAGAUAUAACUGAGUAUUUCUGUAUCCUGCAUGUUGGGACAAAGCUUAAGGAGCCGCCUUUAGGAGCUGGAACACUUACAGUUGUGCAUUUGACUGAACCGGGCCGAGGGACUCAUUUCAGCCUCGAUAAACAGUUAUGAGUUAUGAGUUAUGAGCUUGUCAGAAGAUAUUAUCUCUUUGUGAUGAUGCCAACAUUGAAUUCGUUUCUUUUUCUUAUGAGGUUUUUGUGGGACUUUAAUCGUUCAUGUGUGGGUGUUAGAGCAUGCAUCACUUAGUGAGGGUAACUAGUAUUUUUCAUUUGGAGUGUAUAUAUUUAACCUCUGACUCACAUAAAUAAACAGACUCCUAUCCUAGAAAA